CGCCCGCUCUAACACAUGCCUCGGGCCCAGGAGAGCCUCCGGUUCCCUCCCCACGGCCCCCGGGAAGCGCCAAGCGUGGGAGCCUCCAACCCCUGCAUCUCCCUCAGAACGGCUCGAACCUCUUCUUCCUUCCAGGCCAGGUCUGACGCACUUCCGGCGGAUGUCGGGCGGGGCGCGGGGGAAGACGGGCUCGCAGCGGAAACGGAAAUGGACAGCGGUGCGGACGAGGAGGAGGACGAGGAGGGACGAGGAGGAGGACGAGGACGAGGAGGAGGACGAGGUUUAGCGCAGUGGCGGCGGGCAGGUGGAUCGAAGAUGAAUACCAGAGGACUUGGAUCUCAGCUAAAGGACAGUAUUUCAGUUUCUGAACUUUCAGCUAGUGCUCCUUUUGGGAACCAUGAUAUUCUUCGGAGGGGUUUUUCUUGUGUCAAAAAUGAACUUUUGCCAAGUCACCCUCUUGAAUUAUCAGAAAAAAAUUUCCAGCUCAAUCAAGAUAAAAUGAAUUUUUCCACACUGAGAAAUAUCCAAGGCCUAUAUGCUCCCUUGAAGUUACAGAUGGAAUUCAAGGCAGUGAAACAGGUCCAGCGUCUUCCAUUUCUUCAGAGCUCGAACCUCUCUCUGGAUAUUUUAAGGGGUAACGAUGAGAGUAUUGGAUUUGAAGAUAUCCUCAGUGAUCCAUCACAAAGUGAAAUAAUGGGAGAACCACACAUGAUGGUGGAAUACAAACUUGGUUUACUGUGAGAGGAAUAUGUUGCUAAUGAAAAUAGAGAAACAGCAUCCAGUUUAUUAUAAUUGUCGUUUUAUUAUGUUUUGAUGUGUAUAACAUUAAGAGUACUGCUAUUUACUGUUCUUAUGGCUAAUAUGUACUGUCACUAAUUUGAAUUUGUUUGGGUCCUUGUACUAUUAAUGUAACCAUAUUAUUUUGAGGAAUGAAUAUUAUAAAGUGAGGCAGUAAGAAAAACUGAACCUUAGUUCUUAACUGUGAAGAACAAAUUUUUGUUGUAUGUUUAGAGGCAUCAUCAUAAGGGCAUAGAACAGGUGUUCUAAUUAAUCUCAUUUUGGUGUAUCCUCUUUUUAGCAUUGACACCCAACUGAUUUGAACAUAGGCCAUACCCUUAAAAUAAAAUCUCUUAGAGGAAAAAAUACCUUUUUGGAGACAAAGAGCCCUCCAACUCCGUAACUUUAACAGGCUUUGCUUAGCAGAGGAAGAGACCAAUACUGCUCUUCUCUUUUGCUACAUUUCUCGUAAUAUAAUUGCCAAAUGCAAAGCUAACCUGAGCUGAAUUGCAGUUCCUAUUUGAAUUAGUACGUAAGUUAAAAAAUUUCAGCCCAAAAUAUUUUCACUAGCUUUUACCAUAUUAACACAAUAUAUAAAAGUAGGCAGGGCUCCUUGGUUGCAAACUCAUCAGCGUUUCCUGGCUAUGCUAGAAAAGAGCUACCUUAAGGUUUACUUUACCCUCAAGUAUUUUGCCCUAGUGCUGGCAGUUACACCUCCUGGCCAGUAGAGGGUACUGCCUAGUGAGCUUACCGUUAAAAGAAAAUGAAAUUAAUGAAUUGUCCCUGUAGCAUGCCAAUUGCAUAACAAAAUGAGACCAGGGAAACAGAUUUUGUGCAUUAAAAAAAAUUAACAGGAUACAACAUUAAGUAAUCUAAUUUCUAAUUGGAAGAAAGAUUAGGGACUUUCCAAAUUGGGAGGAGAGCAAAAAGGUCCAAUUCUUUGAAAUCAGAAAAA